AUGCCGCGCUCGAAUGAACGCCCCCGUUUGUUCACCUCCCUUCCUAAUCUGACCUCUGCUUACGGUAUUGGACUAGUUCCUCAAUACCGCCCGGACCGAGCUUCCCCCAGUUCCGCUGGGUCCUUGAGCGAUGAGGAAAUCGACCCCGGGAUAGUCUCUGGCUGGGAUGAAGAUGGCUCUGAGACUGACUUUAUUAACGAUAUCCUCCACGAGCUCCGCCAAGACGAAUCUGACACGGAAGUCCAGUACCCCGGUAGCAAUAUCAUCGCUGAACAUGACGGCGAGUCCCCACACAACUAUUUUGGCCCCGGUUUCGGCUGGACUAGCCAGUGGUCGCAACACCGCCAUUGCCGUGGUUGUGAACCUGCGAACGCGAACGCUUUCCGCAGAUGGCUGGACCAUAAGUAUCUCGACCUGGAACCCAAUUACCAAAAGAUGGUGAGGGACUCGGUGGGGCGGCGAGGGCAACGCCGGGCGCUUGCCAUCCAGUCGGGCAUGACUCAGCAACGAAAUGAACGAGAGCGUGUAGCGGAAGAGAUAGAGGCUGCGAACCGGCGCAAUCGUGAGCUGCAGCAAACCCUAGCUCGGAUUCAAUCAGAACUUCAAACUAUUCGGGCUCAGACUCAGGCUCGGGCUCGGGCUCAGGCUCAGGCUCAUGCUCAGGCCCAAUCUCAACAAGUCCCAAUCCCGGCAGGUCCACAGAACCAGACAGAUAUUCAGUUACAGAUGUUAACAAUUCCUCCACUUCCCACGUUCGAACAUCCCUGGACGCCGGUUCUUGCCAUGCCAGAGCCGGGCGAAGUGUCGGCAAAUCCACGACAAGUCACACGACUUCCCAGCAUCCAUACGCUUUUGUUCCCUCCACUUCCCACGAUGGCCCCCUCAAUGCGGGUUUCUGCCAUUCCAGAACUAGGCCCAACACUUCGCCCUAGCCUGGAGAAUCCACUAGCGGUCACUCAAUCCCCCGGCAUUGGCGAGCUUUCGGAGCAAGUUGAGCCUUCCCCGCAUUCGUGA